CCUCAGUGUCGAACUGUGGUGUCGAACACAUAGUACUAUCUACAUUUUUAUUGUCGAAUCGCGCCAACAAAGUUUGUCUCAGUCUUUUUAUAUUUUAAUAGGUACUAAGUACCUAUGUAAACAAAACUUUUUCUUUAUCAUGAAUAAUGGAUAUCCAAAUAAACUCUAAUGUAAAUACAAUAAAACCUAUAAAUACCGAGUCUGUACAUAAGAUAUGCUCUGGACAGGUUGUUCUAAGCUUAGCAGUAGCAGUAAAGGAGCUAGUGGAAAAUGCGUUGGAUGCUAAGGCUACAAAUAUAGAUAUAAGACUGAAGAAUUAUGGCACUGAACUAAUUGAAGUGUCUGAUAAUGGAUAUGGUGUGACAGAAGAUAAUUUUGCUGCCUUGACACUCAAAUAUCAUACCUCUAAACUCAGUGAGUACUCAGAUCUACUGGGCGUUACAAGUUUUGGUUUCCGAGGUGAGGCCUUAAGUUCUCUGUGUUCACUUUCUGAUCUCACGAUAACUACAAGGCAUCAGACUUCCAGCUAUGCUACAAAAAUUGAGUAUGAUCACAAAGGCAACAUCAUUAAAAAGACACCAUGUUCUCGACAAAUUGGGACUACAGUAACAUUAAUUAAUCUAUUCUCUUCAUUACCUGUGAGAAAAAAGGAAUUUCACAAAAAUGCUAAGAGAGAAUUCAACAAGAUGACUCAGUUACUAUAUGCAUAUUGUUUGAUAUCUUUAGGAGUGAAAAUAACUUGCAGUAAUCAAACCAGUGCUAAUUCAAAAUCAUUAGUGGUAGCAACUCAAGGAUCCUCAUCAUACAAAGAUAACAUAGCAUGUAUAUUUGGAAUUAAACAACUGCAAUCUAUUCUGGAACUAAAACCUGAGCAAUUUGCUAAUAUUAAGGAGAACAUAUUCCGUGGAUUAUCUGGGGAAGUGGAGGAAUCAGAGGAAAGUGUUAGUAAUAUUGAAGAUGUUGAUAUUAAUUUAUCAGAAGAUUCAAAUGAGGCUGAAGAAAUUAAAAACUCUCAAGAUAGUAUACAGGGCUCUCAGAAAUCCCAAGGGUACAAGAAUGUAGCCAACCCUGUUGAAUUUACAGCAUUUAUUUCCUCUUGCGCUCAUGGCAGUGGCAGGUCCACUACUGACAGACAGUUUUUCUAUGUUAAUUCCAGGCCGUGCGAACCAACUAAAGUAAUAAAAUUAAUUAACGAGAUUUACAGACAGUAUAAUCCUCAUCAGUACCCAUUUUUAUUUCUGAAUAUAAACAUGGAAAGAACUUGUGUUGAUAUUAAUGUUACACCAGAUAAAAGGAAAGUGUUUUUGAUUAAAGAAAAAUUGAUACUUGAUACAUUAAAAAAUUCUUUACUUAAAUUAUUUGAAAGUAUUCCUAGAACAUUAAAAGUUGACAUGACAAAUUCACUAUAUGGUGAAGGAGAUAGAGCCAGUGAAGUUAAACCAAAGGAGGAUCAACCUAGAAUAUUUCAUUCAUUUUUACAAACAUUUAGCAAUAAGUCAAAAAGUAAAUCCAACAAUACAAUCAAUGACACUCUUGAAAAGAAACCAGAAUUGAAAAGAAAAUCUACAUCAAUGUUACAGUAUGUUUCAUCUAAGACAAUCAAAAGAGAUGACGAUUUUAAUAGCCUAAAUUCAGACAAAUAUGAAAAAACAAGACCAACUGGUGAAUAUGAAAAUAAAACUUCAGAUGAUAAAAAAAAUAGCAUUGAAUCAUUUACAGAAUAUGAAAUAAAAGAAGAAAUUGAAAUAGUAAAGGAAAAUAAUCAUGAUAAACAUAAUAUAAUUUAUUUGGAAAAUGCUGAAUCUCUGCCGGAUACGCAAAUUCGAAAAAUAAGUGAUGUUAUAGUAGAAAAAGAACAUUCUAUUAGCUGUAAAACAGCACAUUUACCUUCUAAACCAAAUCUUUCAAAAGUACUUAAUAAGAAGUCUCCAAAUAAAGCAGGAAAGAAAGUUGUGACAGAUAAAGAAGAUCUCGGUAAAUGUAACAGAAAAUUUGUGAAUAUGAAGAUAUCAUUGGAAGAUGUUAAAAACUUUGCAGAUAUUUAUAAUCAUAGAGAUAAUAUAUCGGCUCCUGAAACAGUAAAGUUUCGAACUGAAAUAAAUCCAGUUCAUAACAAAAAAUGUGAAGAAGAAUUAAGUAGAGAAAUUUCUAAAGAUUCUUUUAAACAAAUGAAAGUAAUAGGUCAAUUUAAUUUAGGUUUCAUUAUAACGCGCCUGGGCGACGACUUGUUUAUAAUAGAUCAGCAUGCUACUGAUGAGAUCUAUAAUUUUGAGACUUUACAAAGGACUAUGGAACUAACUAAUCAAAAACUAGUAAUCCCACAGCAAUUGGAACUAUCAGGAGUGAAUGAACAAAUACUUAUGGAUAAUUUAGAAGUGUUCAAGAAAAAUGGAUUUACUUUUGAAGUGAAUGAAGAUGCAUUACCAACAAAAAGAGUUAAACUUCUUACUAUCCCUAUGUCAAAAAAUUGGAUUUUCGGUAAAGAAGAUAUUGAGGAACUUCUGUUUAUGUUGAGGGAAUCUCCAUCAGAAUACUGCAGGCCGAGCCGAGUGAGGGCGAUGUUUGCUUCGAGAGCUUGUCGGAAAUCCGUUAUGAUCGGCACAGCGCUCAGCAAGUCUGACAUGAAGAUUUUAGUGAAUCAUAUGGCCGAAAUAGACAAACCAUGGAAUUGUCCUCAUGGGAGACCUACAAUAAGACACCUAGUUAAUCUUGCCAUGGUUCAUACUAAGGACACUUAAUUUUACAAGGAAUGUUACUUUUGGACAAAUUGUUUUCAGCUUUUUCUGUUAAAUCAUGAUUUCAAUAAAUAUUUUAAUGAAACAACAAA